AUUGCUCAACUUGGGCAUUUCCAAAUGCGGUUUUUGCAAAUUAUUAAUUUAUCUGGCACUAUAUAAGUACAGCUCAGAGACAUGAGUCUUCAUCAUUUCACUUCCACGUAUUUCUCAUGAUGAAGCUGCUGGUUCUCCUCCUCCUGGCUCCCGGGAUGAGCCUCUGCUCGCCUCUCGUCCUUCCUCUGGACUGCAGCGACGUUCACAGCAGAAAUCCCAGCCGACCCAGCGGAGUUUCCACCAUCUAUCCGAUCGGAGCCACGUCUGCUGUCCAGGUGUACUGUGACAUGGACUCUCUGGAAGGAGCGUGGACUGUGUUCCAGAGAAGGAUGGAUGGCUCAGUUAACUUCUAUCGGCCCUGGGAUCAGUACAAGACGGGCUUUGGGAACGCCGCUGGAGAGUACUGGCUCGGUCUGGAGAAUCUCUUCCACCUCACUCAGAGGAAAAAGUAUGAGCUGCUGGUCGACAUGGAGGACUUUGAAGGAAACAAGGUGCACGCACGCUACUCCACGUUCUCCGUCGAUUCCGAAUCGGACGGCUACAAGCUGCAUGUGUCGGGGUUCAGUGAUGGAGGCGCAGGAGACUCUCUGACGUAUCACAGCGAACAGAAAUUCACCACGUUCGACCUUCCUGAGGGAAACUGUGCCAGGUCGUACCAAGGAGCCUUCUGGUACAAAACGUGUCACUACGCCAACCCUAACGGUGCUUACCUGUGGGGCGCUCACAGCAUUUUCCGAGCCGUGGGCGUAGAGUGGUUUCACUGGAAGGGCUACGAGUAUUCCCUGAAGGCCAUCAGCAUGAAGAUCCGCCCUGUUCAGUAAAUCAUUGUUUAUAUUUCGGGUGUAGAGCUUUACCUGACCAUAGGUAUUAUGGAGUAGGCAGCUGGCGUCUUUACUUUGUGUCUGUGUUCUCUAUAAAGUUUAUUUUUAUUAUUCAAACCUGUAAAGUAGUCCGAGUUGUACAUUUUAUAUGAAAAAGGAUCAUGCAAAAAAAAUAAACUGAAUUUUUCCC